GCGGGGCAAGAGCAUCCAGCAGGGUAACCACUGGUCCGAUACAGUACUUUUAGAAAAGCGGGCGUACUUCCAGCUUCUCCCAGGCAACACAUGGGGUGGUUCCUCUGCCCCGGGAGCACAUCUGGAAUUGUUUCCCGUUCAGGACCGGGACCAGGCCACCUACCGCUGUAGGGUCGACUACAUGCUUUCCCCUACUAAGAACACCAUUGUCAACUUCACUGUCAUUAUACCGCCAAAGAAGCCAGAGAUCUAUAACUCAACUAACCACCUCGUUGUUGGCCAGUCAGGUGCUUCUAUUAUUGGUCCAUACAACGAGGGUGAUCCGCUGGACCUUAUCUGCAAGGUCACUGGAGGUCGACCGGCGCCUAUGGUGACAUGGCUCGUCAAUAACGAGGCGAAGAAGACGGAGGUGGUAGAGGAAGGGGAAGGAGUGCUGAGUGCCUCCGUUAGAGUGCCUGAGCUUACCCGCAGGCACCUUCACGCAGUUCUUGAGUGCCGAGCCUACAAUUUCAACGGAUCUAUUCCUGUCUCCUCAACUGUCACCCUUGAUAUGAACUUCCGUCCAGUCAACGUAAGCAUACUAAGUGUGGCUGAGUGUCUGAGUGCUGGCACUGAGUACGAACUGGUGUGUCAGGCCUGGGGAUCCAGACCAGCUGCCAUCAUAAGCUGGUGGAAAGGUGGCACCAUUCCGCUCAAGGAUGCUGUUAUGACGACCUCGCCAGACAGCAACGUGACCACGUCAAUCCUCAAGUAUCGUGCGGAGAUGGCAGACAGUGGCAAGUACCUGACGUGUCGAGCCCAGAACCAACUCAUCCCUCAGUCAGCUAAGGAGGACGGCCUUAAACUUAACAUCUACUACAAGCCAGUGGUGACGCUACAGAUGGGAAGUAACCUCAACCCAGACAACAUCAAGGAAGCCGACGAUGUUUACUUUGAAUGUCACAUUAACGCUAAUCCCGUGGUGCAUAGAGUCUUCUGGUUUCAUAAUGGAGUGCCUGUGGAGCACCGCGUCACUCGGGGCAUCAUCCUGCAGAACCAGACGCUGGUACUGCAGAAGAUCACGAGGGAGGCCGCUGGACUAUACACCUGCGCUGCUGUCAACCUGGAGGGCGAGGGAGAGAGUCAACCCGUCAAUCUCAGAGUAAUGUACAAGCCAUACUGUCGCCGCCAUAGUAAAACCAUUUACGGAACAGCACUACACGAGCCUGCGAGCGUCACCUGCGAGGUGGAGGCCAGUCCUGGCCCCGUCACCUUCAGGUGGACCUUCAAUAACACUUCAGAGCACCUUCCCAUCCCGGCCUCUGCCGUCACCUCCCAGAGUCAGACCUCGGUGGCCAGCUACGCCCCCAAGAGCCACUUGGAUUAUGGGACGCUCCUGUGCUGGGCCUUCAAUACCAUCGGAGAGCAGAGCGUUCCCUGCGCGUUUGCUAUCAUCCCUGCAGGCCGGACCACCUCCGGCCCACCACCAAAACGACCAUGGCCUAAACGACCACGGAUAGCACAGUCUCGGUUACCUCUUGCUCUUUCCAGAAACGACCAGCACGACACUUACUUUCUUGGCACUGUUUCACGGUACUCAACGGAUUAA